ACAAAAACCUCUUGACACAUGAGAGCAGCUCAUUCAGUUGACAUGUGCUUGGGUUUCCAGUGUUAAACUGUGUGUACACUUCCAGACAGCUGAACUAAGCUUUUCACUCGGGUGGAAGGGACAUAGAUACAUUAUGGGAGCAUCUUCCUCUGGCUUGUUGGAUGAGGCUAAAAUCAGCAACAUCAAAGGACUUGUCAACAGUACGUUCCAGAGCUUCAGUGUGUUUUACCGUCAGCAGUAUCCAGCAGCCUACAUCGGACACUUACACCAGGAGGUGGAGCCUAAGAAAGAGGGGAGGGGCCUAUUGCUUGCGCAAGGGCCUCAGCAUGCUCCGGAGGAAGUGCUGUACCAAGGGAGUGUGAAGUGCUCCUGCUGGGAUGAGCAGGGGAAGAAAUGCAGAGAGAGAUACACCGUCCUGAGAAGAGACUACAGGGUGGAGAUACAUGAAAACAUGGAGACGUUCAGUCGCGGAUGUGCUGCCAAGUUAGUCAUCCAGACAGCAGGGGGCAGAGUGUUCACCACGGAGGAGGAGUCCAGCGCUCACCUGGAGCAAACCUGUGCUGGAAUACUCAAUGGAGUGAAGGAGGAUUCUUCUUCGGUGGUAUCCUCUCCAGAUGUGUUUGCUGUGUAUCUUCACCUGCCUUACAUGGGCCACACCUGCUUCCUGUUCCAAAAGGAAGAGGAACGAGAUUUCUUCCUGUCUGCACUCAAGACCUGCAUUAGACACUGCAACCUUGACCCCUGGUGUGAUUCAUCCUACGAGAGCGAGGCGUAUGUCCGAGCCCUCCGACUCUACCGACAGGACAAAGGCUGCUAUGAAUCCUGGGAAAUGCUGCUGGGCACCGAGGAGCAAGUGCUGGCCUCCCAGGUGAUGGAGGAAGUGUUGUCAUGGUUACAGAGUCAGAUUCAGUCCAGAAUGAAGGGCAAGAAGACUGAAAGGAUACGACAGUGGUUGGCCACGGUGCAGGCAACCUACACUUUGGUACUGGAACAACUCACUGCAAGUCUGGAGGCUCUGAGGGAGGAGUGUCGUCAGACAGCAUCAGCCAGUCAGGCUGUGAUCAGAUCCAACCUGGACCAGAUAAUAUCCUCUCACUGCUUCCUGGAGGAAAAAAUCAAAGCAUGUGUACAUGAAGAAGCGGAUAAAGUAUGCAGUGAGUCUGUAGCACCCUACAUGUCCUCCAUCCUUGAAGCGCUUACAGAAAACAUAAGUGCAGGGAUUCAGGGGAUGCAACACACACUGCACACACAGAUGGACUUCACACACACCAAUGGAGGAAUGGAGGAGACCAAGAAGGCCCUGUCCCCUCUGCGCUCCAUCAGUCUGGAUCUGUAUUACAGGCAGGUGGAGAACCUGACGGAGAAACUUGAGGACUUAAAGGAGCGGUUUGGAUUGAGCAGCACGCAGAGACUGGUUCAUUCUGCACACCUUGAGAUGGAGAAGCUGAUGGACAGUGCUGUGUACACCUUAGAGCUCUUCCUCCAGUCAUCAGCCAGACUGCAGCCUUCUCAAAUUCCUGUCAAGAUGGAGAGAGCCAAAGAACGAGUCCUGAAGCAGCUGGACUAUGACAGCAGAGUUGUCCAGAGGAGGCUCUACCAGGAGGCUCUACUGGAGAUCACUCUGCCUGCUCUCACCAGGAAGAUGGACAGCAGGUGGAUGAGUGAGCUGCAGCAGUUCGAGCAGUACAUUUUCUCAGACUACAGCGGUUUCAUUCUGGUUCAUAAUGUCUACGAUGAUGUACUGAGAAACAUCCUCAGUAAAGAGAUAGAGACAGUGGUCCAGGAUGCAGCCAGUAAGAAGAGCAACAGUCUCUCGUUGAACACUUCGGAUCUGGCCUUUAGUCGGUACAGUCUGCUGGGGGAGACGCCGCCUCGCUCUGCACCAAGCAGCCCCACCAUUGCCACUCGAGACUCCUCCUCCCUCUCAGCAGCACCUCCAGGUGAAGGUAAAGAACCCUCUCCUUUGGGGGAGGAGGGAGGUCAGACGGUCACAGCUGAGGUUUUCCCUCGGAGCGACGCACAUCUUAACGCCGAUGCCAAAUCUGAACCCAGCAUCACUCAGAGCUGCGACCAGAGCACAGUGCUUGUGUCUCCUGUGAUCGUUGUGACACAAGAGUUUGAUGAAUCUGCAGCCGAGAAGGCUUCUCGCCUCGAGGAAACUCAAGAAGAAGUCCGGCUUGGAACUGACACACCAUCGACGACGGAGUUAACGACAACUGAGCCUUUGGAAGAAGCCACAACUGACUCUGACUCGGCUGUUACACCUCAAGUCAGUACGCUCGACGCAACUGCUAACCAAGAUUCCACUGAUCCCAUCCCUGACCCCCCGGACCUUUCAAUGUCCACUCUGUCCUCGCCGCAGGCCACAGAUGAUCCUGUUGAAUGUGAUCAAUGUGAUCAAUCAGCAAAGCCGGAAAAUUCUGCCACACCUGACCUCUCGGCCUUAGACGGAGUAACAGAAGACACAACUGUUCAUCAUCCCUGCCCCUCACCGUCACACCCACCUGGGACACAUAGUCCAACAAAAAUCAGUCUGGGGUCACUGAGCGAGGCUAUCGGUGUCAACUCCACAGAUCCUUCUAUGAUGCAGACGAUGCCACAGCCGCCCACUGACAGAGCUGUCUACCUGACAGGAGAAAUAAAGGACAACUGGGAGGUGGAGAGGGUAAAGGAGGAGAAACAGAGAGAGGCAGCGAAUGAGAAAGAGGAACAUGAAGGAAGCAAAGACGGGAAAGAAGAGAUACAGGCAGGAGAAGGGAAAGAAGGGGACAUAGGUGAAGGGGACAUAAGUGAAGGGCAAAUGGAAGGUGUAGCCCAAUCUGGAGGUGAAGGUUGCCUACUCUCUGAAUCACCAGCAGAGAGCGCCACUGCCUUAACCACAGAGCAGAGAGAGCGAGAAGACAAGGUAGAUGAUGAAGAGAAAGAAAGUGAGCCUGAGACUAAGAAAGGAAAAGAAGAUGAGGAGGAAGCGGAGGAGAGAGAAGAUCACACAGAAAAAGAAGGAGAGAAGGAAAAAGAAGAGGAGGAGGAGGUUCUCCAAAGCCCUCGGCCAAUGGAAGCGCAGCCACAGAGUGCCACUGAGAAUCCAUUGGACAGUGUUGCCAUCAUCAGAGAACUUGUGGUUGAGAUUACUGAAGUGGAGACAGUAGUCGGCCCAUGUCCCAACAGCAGCCAUACACCCUGACAGACCUGUUACCAUGACGACCAGGUCUCUUACGUACUUCAGAGUUUCUAAUGAAACGGUACAGUGAGUUCAGGAAGUCUACAGAGGAGAAAGAAGCUUCAUUCAAUUUAUUAUAAGGCUACUGCAUCACAUUUAUACUACUAUUUGAAGAAGACUAAAAUGUUGUUUUUACAUACUUUUGUAAGCAUUUAUUUGAAUUUUCUGAAGUUAACGUUUGCUAUUUUUUUUUACUUACAGUGAAAUUAAUAAAAUGACCCAAUAA